UCUAAAGGAAUCUAGGGCUUUUCGUGGCGUGGCGAUGGCGUCGCUAAGAAAUGCCGUGAGGCGCCGCGAGCACAAGGAGCGAUCGCAGCCGAGCGAGCGAGCGCGAUUUGGAUUGCUCGAGAAGCACAAGGAUUAUGUGCUUCGCGCAAAGGAUUUCCACAGGAAGGAGAAGACGAUACAAACAUUGCAAGAGAAAGCCUUGACUAAAAAUCCGGAUGAGUUCUACCAUCGAAUGAUCAGCACUAAAACCGUGAAUGGAGUCCACAGGCCCAAGAGCUUGGCAAAGCAGUACACGCAGGAAGAGCUCCUACUCAUGAAGACACAGGAUGUUAAAUACAUUCUAUGCAAAGCACAGUCCGAACAGAAGAAAGUGGAUAGAUUGCAAGCAGUGUUGCACGGCCUAGACAAAGCUCGAGAGAAUCAACACUCUUAUUUCGCUGAGGACGGCGACGAGGUGAAUGAGAUGAGAGGCAAUCUAAGAAACGGCGAAUCUCCUUCGAGCAGCAGCGAUUUACCUCUAGAAGUGAACAGGGAUCGUGAAGCUGCCUACAACGAGCUCGCUCAACGAAAGGAGCGAUUGGAGAAGCUCAAGAGCAUGGUGAUAACAAUGUCCAUGCAAAAGGAAAUCAUGGGAAAGGGAAGGAAGAGGAAGAUGAAGAGCGACGAACUGGUCACACCAAGCAGUAUGCCCGUUUUUAAGUGGAGGAACGAGCGAAAAAAGUAACCAUUAACAUACGACCAGCAGUUAGGAGGUAAAGUUCAUCACUCUAUGUCUGUCGAAUCGCCAUAGAUUCGGGAUAUUUUUUGUUGUCCAAAUAGAAGAGCGCCAUUCAAUCCCGCCCCCUAGAUUCCUGGAAAGAUCAAGUAUAACAUUUGAUUCUAUAGUGUCAA